CAUCUGCUUCGCUCCGCCCCGCCGUCCCGGAGUCCCAGCCGGUUCCUACCGCAGUCCCGCAGUCGCCCUGCUCCUCUUUCCUUUCAAAAUGACAGAUGCCGCUGUGUCCUUCGCCAAGGACUUCCUGGCGGGUGGAGUGGCCGCGGCCAUCUCCAAGACCGCGGUAGCGCCCAUCGAGCGGGUCAAGCUGCUGCUGCAGGUGCAGCACGCCAGCAAGCAGAUCACCGCCGAUAAGCAGUACAAGGGCAUCAUCGACUGCGUGGUUCGGAUCCCCAAGGAGCAGGGCGUCCUGUCCUUCUGGCGCGGUAACCUGGCCAAUGUCAUCAGAUACUUCCCCACCCAGGCUCUCAACUUUGCCUUCAAAGAUAAAUAUAAGCAGAUCUUCCUGGGCGGCGUGGACAAGAGGACCCAGUUUUGGCGCUACUUCGCGGGAAACCUGGCGUCGGGUGGCGCCGCAGGGGCCACAUCCUUGUGUUUUGUGUAUCCUCUGGAUUUUGCCCGGACCCGUCUGGCGGCCGAUGUGGGCAAAGCCGGGGCUGAAAGGGAAUUCCAAGGCCUUGGUGACUGCCUGGUUAAGAUCUACAAAUCCGAUGGGAUUAGGGGCCUGUACCAAGGCUUUAACGUGUCUGUGCAGGGCAUUAUCAUCUACAGAGCUGCCUACUUCGGUAUCUAUGAUACUGCCAAGGGAAUGCUUCCGGAUCCCAAGAACACGCACAUCUUCAUCAGCUGGAUGAUCGCCCAGUCCGUCACAGCGGUCGCUGGGUUGACCUCCUAUCCCUUUGACACUGUUCGUCGCCGAAUGAUGAUGCAGUCGGGGCGCAAAGGAACUGACAUCAUGUACACGGGUACGCUUGACUGCUGGAGGAAGAUUGCCCGAGAUGAAGGAGCCAAAGCUUUUUUCAAGGGGGCGUGGUCCAACGUUCUCAGAGGCAUGGGUGGUGCUUUUGUGCUUGUCUUGUAUGAUGAAAUCAAGAAGUUCACAUGAGUUACUUCCUAGUUCGUUCCCCCGUGAACAGGCAUGUUGUAUCAUAUAACGUAUCUUGAGCAUUCUUGACAGACUGUCGGCUAUUGAUCAAUGGCCACUAUUGACUGGUUGAAAAUGGGAAGCAAUAAUAUUCAUCUGACCAGUUUUCUCUGAAAGCCAUUUCCACGAUGACGGGACUCAAUUAUAUUUUUUAUUUCAGUCACUCCUGAUAACAUUUGAAAAAAUAAAAACGAUCUGAAAUCUA